GCACACACACACACAUACAUGUACAUACACAAAGACACAUGUACACACACGCAGACACAUGUACAGAUACACACAUGUACAUACACACAGACACAUGUACAAUUGUACACAUGUACACGUACACACACACACACCCCAUAGAAAGUUGCAGUACUUCGUCGUUCAUUCACAGAUCUGGGUACUGCACUCUAGGGGAGGCAGAAAGCACAUAACACACUCCUUGCUUUGCUUUCACUGCGCUCAGCUAUUGAGCAGUAUGAUGGCUCCCAGUGCCAAUGACAGAUCCGGCCUGAGCUCUGAGCCUUCUCAGCAAGAUGGCCUUGGGGGGGACACUCGCCCCCACCAUAAUUUCCACUCGCUAUUGGCAAGCAGGCAAGUGGAAAUUUCAAGCCCU